AGCUAAAUAAUGUAAUUUCCAUAGAAAGACUGGACACGCUACAGAAGAGUGCGUGUUCUUCAAGAAAAUGGAGGACCGAAUGAAGGAAAGGGGCCAAGCAUCAGAUCAAGAACCAAACCGAGCAGACAAUGUUUGGCGUAGGGAUGCCCAACCACAACAAGCCCAAGAGAACCUGGAAGGAUUCCCCCAAGUUGGAGUCAUUUUUGGCGGUCCAGAGACAAGAAUCACCACCAAAGAGAGGAAGGAAUGGACCCGCAGAUUGUAUGCGGGAUUCAUUGAUGUUGGUCAGAUUGCCAAGAAAGGAAAGAGAGAACCCAUUGUGUUCUCAGAUGAGGACUUGUCGCUCAUCAGCCCGCACAAGAUUCCCCUAGUAAUUUCUAUGGCCAUUCAUAAAUUUUUUGUGAAACGAAUAUUGGUUGAUACAGGGAGCAGUGUCAAUGUGCUGUAUUGGGAAGCGGCCCAACAUCUCGGAGUCAAGAAGGAGGACCUCACCAAACUUAAUAUGCCUCUGUCCUGCUUCACCGGAGACAUUUUUGAGCUGGAGGGGUCCAUUAAGUUGGAUGUGAUAAUAGGUGAACAUCCUACGGUGAGACAUAUGAAAAUGGAUUUUUUGGUGGUCGACAUCAAGUGCGCCCAUAAUGCCAUUCUGGAGAGGCCCGGAUUAGAGGACCUAGGAGGGGCCCUAUCCCUCGGACAUUUAUGUCUAAAGUUCAAGACCCUAGAAGGCAUUGAGAGGACCCUUGGUGAUCAGCCUGCAGCCAAGAAGGCCUACUUGAACACAUGUAGAAGGAUGGACAGUGACAAUUUCAACAUUCUGACCAUGAGAUAAGGUCUGGAAGAGGAGGAGAGAAAAGAGGAGAACCGGGAGCGGCUUGGACCAUCAACGACUUUACUAUAAUUAGUGCAUCUAAAUCCUAUG